AUGGAAGGCGCGGAGGGAGAGGCGAGAGAGCGGCGGCCACAGGGAGGAGGAGAAGGGGAAGGAGGAGGAGGAGCAGGAGGAGGAGAAGGAGGAGGUGAGCCUUCACAUCCAUCUGAAGGACACGAGGACAAGGCUUCGUCAGGAAAAGGUUACGUCAUAUACCAGGGCAUGGCAGCGCUCUCCGUGGGCCUGGGUAACAUGAUGGCGUCUAUGGCUAUGGGCUACACCUCCCCUGCCCUGCCGUCUAUGAGAGCUGACCCGAGUAUUGAGAUCACCACGGAGGAGGAGUCGUGGGUAGGCGCCGUCAUGCCCCUAGCGGCCCUCUUCGGCAGCGUGGUCGCGGGGCCUUUGGUGGACAAGUUCGGGCGACGCUUCACACUCAUGCACCUCAACUGGCCUUACUGUUUGUCCUGGAUCCUCAUAGCCAGUGCCGGGGGCGUGGGCGGCGUUGUGUCCGGGCGCGUGCUCGGCGGCAUGUGUGUAGGUGUUCAGGCGGUGGUGGGUUCUGUCUUCAUGCCGGAGAUGAUUCAGCUGGAGUUCCGUCAAGUGUUCGUCGCCUUCCCCGCCUUCUUCGGCAACCUGGGCAUGCUGGUGAGCUUCGCGCUGGGGCAGGCCUUGUCGUGGCGGGGCCUGGCGCGCCUGGGGGCCAGCCUGUCCCUGCUGCCCGUGCCGCUGUUGCUGCUGCUGCCCGAGACGCCCCAGCACCUCACCCGCACAGGGCAGCGGGAGGCGUCCGUCAGGGCCCUGCGCCAGAUGAGGGCGUCGGGCUCGGCCGCUGAUCGAGCGCAGAAGGAGAUUGAGGCGGGCGCGGCCAGCAGGGCCGGGCAGCAGCAGGAGGUGAGCGCGUUGGAGCUGGCCCGCGCGCCGAACCUGUGGCCGGUGGGCGUGGCCAUGGGGCUGAUGGUGGCCCAGCAGACCACGGGCAUCACCGCCGUGGUGUUCUUCGCCUCCACCAUCCUGGCGGCGGCCGGGGAGGGCCUCGCCGCCAGCGCCUCCGUCUUUUUGGGCGCCAUCAACAUGCUCGGCACCGUCGUCGGCAUCUACUGCGUCGCCAAGAUGAAGCGGCGAGACAGUCUGCUGCUGUCCACCUACGGCGUGGUGGGGGCGCUGCUGGUGCUGGCCGCCUUCUUCUGGGCCAGGGAGGCGGGGGGCGCCGCGAUGCAGCUGGCAAACAGUCUGUACCUGAUGCCCGUGGUGGCCCUGGUGGCCUACAUGCUGUGUUUCGCCGUGGGCUGGGGACCCGUGCCCUGGGUGUUCCUGGGGGAGGGCAUGCCCAGCCAGGUGCGGGGCAAGGCCGCCGCCACGGUGGUGGCCGUCAACUGGGCCUCCGCCUUCGUGGUCACCAAGACUUUCGGCUGGAGCCUCGCCACGCUGGGCUCCGCUGCCACCUUCCUCUCCUACGCCGCCUUCACCGCCGCCGCCGCCGCCCUGCUGCGGCCCGCCAUGCCUGAGACCUUCGGCCGCUCCACGCCGGAGAUGGACAAGAUCUACAGAGACGCCGCCGGCAAGAAGCAGCAAUAACCCCAGGCGGCACCCGGCCCAGGCACACUCUGGCACGCCCUGGCCCUGGCCCCCCGCCUGUCACGCGCCCCCACGGGCUGGCUGUCACGCCCCCUCACGGGCUGGCUGUCACGCCCCGAACAAGGCGACGAGAGAAGUCUGAUAAGUUGGUUUGCGGGGUACACACACACUACCGUGGCUGCAGGAGCUGACCAAGCUGUGAGUGCGUGGCAGCAGGCUGUUAUCCGAGGCUGUCAAUACGCCCAACACUUCCCUGACAACACGCCUGCCAGUACCCGCCGCGGCCAUGACCACCUCAACACAAUGGCAGCCGUCCCUCACCACGCCGCCGACACCACCAAUUAACCUGUUACAAGUGUUCCCCAAGGCUGUCAACACACACAACAUUUCCCUAACUCACUACAAGCUCACACACACUAACCUGUUGUCUGCCGCGGCGAAAGUCACCUCAAAAGGAACAAGCCAGUGGGCGGGUUCCUUCCCCCCGCCGCCUCCCCGCCACACUGCCCAGGCGGGAACUCAAAUGAGGUUCUAAAUUAUUUAUAUCGACAAAUAAAUCUAAAUUCAGCUCACUUCAUGCUUUUUUCCCUUUAUAUAUUAUUUCUGGAACUCAGUGGUAUUAGACUGGUUUACUGAGUGGCUAUCAGGCUGACCUAGUUAAAUGAAGUGGUAUUAGACAGUAUAACCAGAAAAUAUAUAUAAAUUCAGCUCACCAUGCUUUUUUCUUCUCUUCCCUUGUAUAUCAUGUCUGGAACUCUGUGGUAUUAGACUAUUGUUUAUUAAGAGGGGGUGACUUUAGUUGAAUUCAAGAGGUAUUAGACAUUAUAACCAGAAAAAAAUAUAAAUUAAUCUCAGUUCGUCUUUUUUUUUCUUCUCUUCCCUUGUAUAUCAUGUCUGGAACUCAGUGGUAUUAGACUAUUGUUUAUUGAGAGUGGCUAUCAGGCUGACCUAGUUAAAGACAGUAUAACCAGAAAAUAAAUAGAAGUACAAGGAAGGAGACCAGUUGGCAGACCUAGGAAAACGUGGAGGAGGCGUAUACAGGAAGACUUGGCAUUGAUGGGAUUGAAUGAGCAUUGGGCAGAAGACAGUAGAAUGGAGGAGAGCCAUAAUGUGGAGUAGAGGACCUGGAAACAGUGCUCAGAAGGGAAAGACUCCGAUGGUUUGGACACGUAAAGAGAGCAGGGGAGGACACAAUGCAGGGAGUUUUGGAGAGAUUGGAGGUAGAAGGAAGGAGACCAGUUGGCAGACCUAGGAAAACGUGGAGGAGGUGUAUACAGGAAGACUUGGCAUUGAUGGGAUUGAAUGAGCAUUGGGCAGAAGACAGAGUAGAAUGGAGGAGAGCCAAACAGCAUCCAACCGCUCAGGAAGAGUGAACACAGACGGUAAACGAAAUGAUGCUGAUGGUGGUGGUGGUUCCUGAGGACCACAAAGGGAGUGAAAGAGGUGACGAAAUGACGCUGAUGGUGUAGGUGGUGGUGGUGGUGGUUCCUGAGGGCCACGAAGGGAGAGAAAGAGGUGCAUAAUAAGUAAUAUUUAUCUAUGAUGGACUACAUGGAACCCAAUUUUGUGUUCAUCCAGUCUUCCGACAUAAAAAAUAAUAAAUUCAGAAACAACAAUUAUUCCUUCGCUUGACUUGAAAAAUAUGUUUGUUUGUUCCUCUCUGAAUUUGGUUUCACAUCCUCCUCUGUAACAGAUCUCAAAAAAACAGUGUCAGCAUUUUGUACUAUGGGGAAAAACACUAAAUAUGCAAAAAUAAUAAUAAUAAUGAUAAUGGUAAUGGAAAGGAAGGUAUAGGAAGUGCAGGCAUGUCAGGGCGAGUGUGUUCCCAGCAUCGACAAACCCGCGCUUCCGUCCUCCACAACUUGUCGAAAAUAUUCCAACAAUAAUAAUAAUAAUAAUAACCAAAGUAGUUGUAGUAGUAGUAGUAGUCGUAGGUUCAUGUCACCUACACACCCACAUACAUAUACAUACAUACAUACAUGCAUACAUACUUACAUACAUACAAAACAUGCCUCCACUGGUAUCAUUUAUAAACAUUUGGUUGCGCGAUAACUGCUCGUCUCCUCCGAUAAGCUCUCGGCAGAACACCUAAGUCCACAUUCAUAAACAUAUCGGUCUCCCAUUACGACUGUUUCCCAAGGCCACAGAGAAGACUGACCAGGUUUUUAACGUUCAAGAUGCAGAAGUCGUUUAAAACUAUCACUGGCAUCACAAAACAGUCCAUGGAAAUCCUAGCAACUUCUAUGAGAGGCUCUUCAAACAGCGGGCUCCCGUUACGAUUUCCCAAGGCCAGAGAAGAUUAAUUGGGUUUUCAUGGGUGUUUUUCCCGUUCAAGAUGCAGAGGUCGUGUAAAACUAUCACUGGCAUCACAAAACAGUCCAUGGAAAUCCAAGCAACUUCUAAGAGAGGCUCUUCAAACAGGGGAACCGAGGCACUCUCCGAUAUGUUUAGGAAUACAGGCUUUACACACUAUGGAGUUGGUGGCGUGGUGGGCACAACAACCGUCAUAACAGCGACACACUCACUCCCGACUAUGGCAGUGCAGGAAAUACGUACAUAAUUCUCUUCAUAAUCUCCUCUCGAUCACCUUGACUAUAAAAAAAAGUCAUCGUACUCCACAGCCAAGAGUAACUCGCAGCUUACUUAUCUAACAAAUACAUUGAUGAAAAGUCCUGAUUAAUAGUGUUUACGCUCGCUCGCGCGCUCGCACUCUCACCCGAGCCUGAGGUACCAUCAUAGGUUAGCGUCCAUGGCAAUAUCAUGUCCACAGCUGAGGUCAUAUUCCCAGCAUCCACCAAUAAGAUUUAACCCUUCCCAGAACCCACCAACAAGAUUCAACCCUUCCCAGCAUUCACCAAUAAGAUUUAAGCCUUCCCAAAACCCACCAAUAAGAUUUAACCCUUCCCAGAACCCACCAAUAAGAUUUAACCCUUCCCAGAACCCACCAAUAAGAUUCAACCCUUCCCAGCAUUCACCAAUAAGAUUUAAGAGCUUCCCAAAACCCACCAAUAAAAUUCAACCCUUCCCAGAACCCACCAAUAAAAUUCAACCCUUCCCAAAACCCACCAAUAAGAUUCAACACUUCCCAGCAUUCACCAAUAAGAUUUAACCCUUCCCAGAACCCACCAAUAAAAUUCAACCCUUCCCAGCAUUCACCAAUAAGAUUUAACCCUUCCCAGCACCCACCAAUAAAAUUCAACCCUUCCCAGCAUUCACCAAUAAGAUUUAACCCUUCCCAGCACCCACCAAUAAGAUUCAACCCUUCCCAGAACCCACCAAUAAUAUUCAACCCUUCCCAGCAUUCACCAAUAAGAUUCAACCCUUCCCAGAACCCAAUAAUAUUCAACCCUUCCCAGCAAUCACCAAUAAGAUUCAACCCUUCCUAGCAUUCACCAGUAAGAUUUAACCCUUCCCAGCACCCACCUAUAAGAUUUAACCCUUUCCAGAACCCACUAAUCACAUGCCUGAAUCAGAACAUGGCUUACUUAUGGACUGGCCAAUGGUGCACACUUGAUUUGAAAGGUAGAUAAUUUGCCAAGUUACUUAGCAUAUUAACAGCAAGCCUUCUAUAGUACAUGAGUCAACCCAGACCUUCAAGGCUUCACAUAAUGGUUUAAUAAUAGUCUUUGUAGCAUCACGUAAAAAUGAACACAGAAAAUGGAUCAAGCUGUGUCAUCCAAGGCUAUAAACCGACGAAAGUUGCCUCUGAAUCUUUUUAUUGUCCUUCGUAAAAAUAUUUCCCAGAUUUUGAAACAAACGCCUCACCCUGGACUGACUCUGUGACACGAUUUUGCCAUAGUUCACCCUAUCGCCCUAUCUCGCUGCCGAAGACUCCGAGACAAUUCCACAGUCCGACACAGUGGCCUCGUAAUCGCCCAAACCAAACUAUUCAGUCUUCUACGAUCCAAUAGCUAUGUUUUCAAUGCAACACCUGACACACACACACACACAA